AUGAAGAUCCAGACAUCAUCUCCUCAAGACAACCAACCAUCGAAUACAACUAACAGUACUGAUAACAAUAAUAACAACAAUCCGUUACCAUCGAUGGACGAACAUGUGAUGCGAUCCAUGGACUGGGACUCGAUCAUGAAGGAGCUUGAGCUAGACGAUGAGUCCACACCUAACCCCAUGAAGACAGAGUUCACAACAACAGACUCAGCAAUAGGCCCACUCUACGCCGUCGAUUCAAACCUCCCUGGCUUCCCCGAUCAGAUCCAACCGUCGGAUUUCGACUCAUCCGAUGUUUACCCUCCUCAAAACCAAACCACCGGUUACGCUUUCAAUUCCCUCGACACCGUCGACAAUGGAGGAGGUUUCGAUUUCAUCGAAGAUCUCAUCCGAGUCGUGGACUGCGUCGAAUCAGACGAGUUACAGCUCGCUCAGGUGAUCUUAUCACGUCUCAAUCAACGCCUUAGAUCACCAACAGGUAGACCGUUACAGAGGGCAGCGUUUUACUUCAAGGAAGCUUUGAGUUCCCUUUUAACCGGAUCAAACCGGAAUCAAACCAGGCUAUUAUCAUCAUGGACCGAGAUUGUUCAAAAGAUCCGUGCCGUUAAGGAGUUUUCCGGUAUUUCCCCGAUCCCUCUCUUCUCUCACUUCACCGCGAACCAAGCGAUCCUCGACUCGUUGAGCUCACAAUCCUCUUCCCCGUUCGUCCACGUGGUGGACUUCGACAUCGGAUUCGGCGGUCAAUACGCAUCCCUCAUGAGAGAGAUCGCCGAGAAAUCGAUAAGCAGCGGGUUUUUACGAGUCACGGCGGUGGUGGCGGAGGAGUGCGCCGUGGAGACGAGGCUAGUGAAGGAGAAUCUAACUCAAUUCGCGGCGGAGAUGAAAAUCCGCUUCCAGAUUGAGUUCGUGUUGUUGAAGACGUUCGAGAUGUUAUCCUUCAAGGCGAUCAGGUUCGUCGACGGAGAGAGAACGAUCGUUUUGAUAUCUCCCGCGAUAUUCCGUCGCUUGAGCGGAAUCGCGGAGUUCGUUAACAACCUUCGGAGAGUAUCUCCGAAGGUUGUUGUGUUCGUGGACAGUGAAGGAUGGACGGAGAUCUCCGGAGCGGGAUCGUUCCGGAGAGAGUUUGUUACGGCUCUCGAGUUCUACACCAUGGUGCUUGAGUCUCUCGACGCGGCCGCUCCUCCGGGUGAUUUGGUGAAGAAGAUUGUGGAAGCGUUUGUGCUGCGACCGAAGAUCGCUGCGGCGGUUGAAACGGCGGCGGAUAGGAGAAACGUUGGAGAGAUGACGUGGCGGGAAGCGUUCUGCGGUGCGGGGAUGAGGCCGAUUCAGUUGAGUCAGUUCGCGGUGUUUCAAGCGGAGUGUUUGCUGGAGAAGGCGCAGGUUAGAGGGUUCCACGUGGCGAAACGGCAGGAGGAGUUGGUGUUGUGUUGGCAUGGGAGGGCGCUGGUUGCGACGUCAGCGUGGAGGUUUUAA